GUGAUUCAAUCAGGGUCACCACUGCGCGAUGCAGGAGGCAGGGUGAUGGGCGUUGCCCUGACAUUGCCCCACCCAGUUUGCACCAUGGGAGCACCUCAGUCACCGUGUGUAUAAGAAGCCCAGUCGGAGCUAACAGCAGAGCACCCGGGGCACCCACCCAGCCCACUAACCUUGGCCCUAGAGAGGAAGGCGCCUGGAUGACUGAGAGAUCCGAGGAGACCCAGAGCAGAUGUCCGACGUGGCUGGAGAACCUCAGUGGGACGGGGAGGACCCAGGAACAUGGACUGGGGGUCUGUCCCCUCCCCGCGAUCCCCCCCUCACGAACCGGCAGCUGGUGAUCACCACCGUGAUCAUCGUGGCCAUCAAACUUCUCCUGAUGACCCUGGUCCUCACUGGCAUUUCACAGGCUGCCCCUUCUUCCACCAGGCCAGGAGACCCUGGCCGCACAGGGAGCACAGCAGGUGCUCUCCAGUGCCAGUGGGGCUGGGACCAGCACCAAGGAAGGUGCUAUUUUUUCUCCUGGACUAACCGGUCCUGGGAAGCAGCGAGAAACUUCUGCUUAGCUGAGAAUGCUGAUCUGGUGGUGAUCAACAACGCAAGGGAGCAGAAUUACUUGGGCAUUAAAGCUGAUUCUCUUCGUCACUGGAUCGGCUUCACAGACCAAGGGACUGAAGGUGUCUGGCACUGGGUGGACAAUACUCCUGCGGCAUUUACGCAGUGGAACAAAGGAGAGCCCAAUAACCUCAGAAACGGACUCAGUGACGAGGACUGCGCCCACCUGCUGGAGAUCGGCCUGUGGAACGACGAACCCUGUAGUACCUCUUACAGGUGGAUCUGUGAAAAGGCCGCCACUGUGUAAACAGCUCCCCCUCCCCCCGGCUCUGAACACAGGCUGAAAUUCAUCCCCCCGCUGCGAGGCCUGGGCUCCGCUCACGGCCUGCGCAUCAGCCCAUCGGUGUGAAGAUGAUGUAACUGGAAUAUGCUUCAUGCAAGAGGUCUCUUGUAAGGUAUCAUUACAAAGCUUAUAAUCUACCGAGUGUGGUCAUCCUAUUUGUAUGAAUGUAUCAUUCUUGUAUCUGAAACUAGAAAUCCAACACUACAACUCCUUUCUCCCCUCCCUCAUGGAGAUAACGAGGCUGCACCAGUGCAGGCGUCCUGAGGGGAGGAGGGUGCUGGGAGUUGGUCCCUUGCUCUGAAGGGGCUGGGAGCCAGGACUCCUGGGGUCUACCCCGGCUCUUGGAGGGGAGGGGAGUCUAGUGGUUAGUGUGGAGUGGGUCUUGAGCUCCUGGUCCUCCACAGUCACCUGGAAGAACUAGGAGGCACUGCAGCAGGGAGCUUAAUAAACAUGGGCACUUCCCAGUCAGAGAGGUCACCAGUUGCUGCUUGAGGCUUGGCUCUUUGUCUUUGUCAUGAGAAGCGAGUGAAGGGAAGAAGAGGCACUCCCAGUGUGGUGAGUGAGUACAAAAUCCAGGAGCACACCUGGGCAAGCUGCAGCAGGAAGGAGGCAGAGCCCUGUCUCAGUGCAGUGAUGGAGCCCACAGCCCAAGGGGCUCCAUUAGAGAAGCUUAGUUUUGGGAACCCAGGUAGCUGGAGCUGGCAAUUUGAGCAACCCCACAUGGCGUCUGAUUUAACAGCGAAAGCCCAAGGAUACUGGCUAAAUGCCCUGAUCUUUGCCUUGGGUCCUGCUGCCCUACCCCUCAGUGAGGAGGAAAAGAACGAAACUUCAAAGAGAAAGAGGCUUUUGAUGCCCAAUUCAUAGGCAGACAGAAUAUUAUAUGUGAAAGGGCCAAAUUUAACAGGAGGCACCAGGAACAAGGGAGCAUCAGCUGAGACUUUUAUUACUGCAGUUGCUAGUCUUGCUGAACAUUACAGAUAUGGUGUGAUGCUGGUAAAGCAAGUACGAGCUCCGGCCAUGGCCUUAGGCGUUCAUUAGGACCUGACAAACUCAUAGCUGGAAACCAGACCAGCUCACCUGUAUGUUAGUUUUGUUCAAAGUAGGUCAUAGUCUUAUAACACUGUAUUCAUUGUGUAGACUCGUGAAUUGCUGGCUGUGUUAAUCUCACUUGUAAUGUCUGUAUUCAAGGCUCUAAGCACAUAUGAACGUUUUGCUUUGUAACUUUGACAAUGUUGGCUCUGAAUUUGUGACCCCAGGCAAGAGACUCAUCCCCCCUCCCCUUGCCCACUUGUUCAGGAGGCCUAGCAAGAUUAAAUGGGCUGUUAAGGAAUAUCACAACACAAAGGAUUGGUGAACGGCCCUUGCAAGCUUUGGGAACAUGACAUGCAGAGAGUGGAAGACUAAGGUCUGGUCUGCCCUAUAUCUAGGGUCCUACCAAAUUCAUGGUCCAUUUUGGUCAAUUUUACAGUCAUAGGAUUUUAAAAAUCAUAAAUUUCAUUAUUUCAGCUGUUUAAAUCUGAACUUUCAUGGUGUUGUAAUUGCAGGGGUCCUAAUCCAGAAACGAGCUGGGGUGUGUGUGUGUGGGAUGCAUGGCUAGAAAGGGUUAAACAUCCUGCAAAAUAAAUAACCCUCAAAAGACAUGUGGGGAGAUAAUGUUUGUGUUUUUAUGUAUUUAUAUAUGUAUGAGUAGGGUGGACAAUAUAAUCAACAGUCCCUGUCUGUGCUGUAUUCUGAUAAUUGAGGGGUCAAAAGAACAUCCUAUCAUGUAAAUGAAUUGUAAACGGGAUAUCUCGGUAUUCAUCUCUCUUUGAAAUGUACUGUAAAUGGUGGAGGAACAAGCAAAAGGCCUUAUGUUAAUUCGUAUAGCUAAGUAUCAGUGAUGGACCUCCUUCAAAGUCAUCCUAAUUACCUUUUGUUCCCCAAGGAAAUCCCAACUUGUCAAAGAGGACAUGAAAUUGUAUAAAAGAACCUUGGGUCCUGAUUCUGUGAUCUCAGAUCUGCUUAGACUUCAUCAGGGGAAGUUUGAGUCACAAGACUGAGGUCCCAGUUAUGCAGGUACACCCUGAAUAUGAGAUUUGGACAUUGGACUAUCACCUAUGAACUAUUUCCGAAAGAACUCUUUGCCACUACAAAGCUCACCAUCUCUGCUGUGAAUCUGCACCUCAAUGGAUUGAACUCAUGUCUGUCUGUAUAUUGAUCUUUUAACCAGACUCUCUCUCUCUUUUGUCUUUUAAUAAAUUUUAGUUUAGUUAAUAAGAAUCGGCUGUAGUGGGUGUUUGGGUAAGAUCGGAAACAUGAGUUCACCUGGGUGGUGACGUGUCCGACCCUUCGGGAUUGGGAGAACCUUUUCUUUUAUAGGAUGAAAUAAGAUUUUCAGAAAUCAUCAUAUUUGAUGUGGGUACCUGGAUGGAGGCCUGAGGCUGGAUCACUUUAAGGGAACUGUGUUGUUUGGACUUCUGAGUAAUCAGGAAGGUAAUAAAGAAGCUGUUUUAUGCUGGCUUGGUAAACCUAAGUAUUGGAAUAUCCACCAGCUUUUUGGGGUUUGGCUUCCUCCAAGAGACUGCUCCAAAGCCUGGGGCGUGGCACCGAUCCUGUGGAUCCGUGAGAGCUUGCCUCUGCGCUGUAGCCAGCAGAACGUUGGAUGGGAAGGUCGCCUUUCCCUGGGGCACCGAUACAGCUACGACCUGCAUGGCCCAACCUGAAGGGAUUUCAAAAAUUGGGACACUGAGAUAAAAAUUUGGCCACAACAAAUCUUGCACGUUUGGCACCGAACAAGCAGCUGCCUGAACUGAGGCCAGGGAACAAAGCAUGGAUCAAAAGCUCCCAGGCUGUCAGAACUGGUAAGAAGCCCCCAGGUCCUCCUUAGCGGAGCUGCUAUGGGGGGAGGGAUAGCUCAGUGGUUUGAGCAUUGGCCUGCUAAACCCAGGGUUGUGAGUUCAAUCCUUGAGGGGGCCAUUUAGGAAUCUGGGGCAAAAAUUGGGGAUUGGUCCUGCUUUGAGCAAGGGGUUGGACUGGAUGAUUUCCUGAGGACCCUUCCAACCCUGAGAUUCUAUGGUCUCAGCAUUUCCCAAUGUGAUGAAGAGAGGCUCUGGGACCUGCAGGUGCCCUGCCAGGCAGAGUGCACCUCAGGAGACGUGAGAACAUGCGGUGCCAGGACCAAUCAGACCCCCUCAAAAAUUUGAUCUUUAGACUGCUGCUCAGGGCCAUUUACAUGGAAUUGAUAAGGAGUCAUGGUGGUGUAAAUCAUUUAAAGGAAUAUCAAGUUUCUUUGGAAUUGCUGGGAUAUACAUUGGGUAAUAAUUUAAGUUUUAACCUUUCAUUAUAAAGGAAGGGAUGUGGAGUAAUUAUACAGCUCCUGGCCUUCCACAGUUACCAGAGAGAAGCAGGAGCUGUUGCAGUGGGGAGUUUAAUAAACGUGGGAACUUCCCGCUCCCAUCGCUAUUUAA